AUGGAGCCUUCAAGUCAGUAUUUUCGCAAGACAGCCUCGGAUCUGUACGCGGCCGUCCCCGUCUACCGCAACCACCGCACUGGAGCCGAAAUCUUUGUCUCCUACAAGCCCGGGGACGCAUUGUUGAAGGGCUGCACUUGCUCUGCGAAGAAGGGCCUCUGUCAGCCUCAUAAGGGGUGCACCUGCGAGGGGAACAUCAGCUAUCAUCCAACGCGGGAUUGCGACUUCGACGGCUGCAAACCGUGCAAGAAGGAUCGCGUUGGUUGCAAGGUGCGGUCGGGUUGCGAAUGCCAGAGGAAUGCGUAUCCUCUACUGCCCGUCUGUACGCCUGCGUGUCACGGAGGCGGGCGACGCUGCGAAUGCAUGCACAAUGUCAGUCCGCGCGAGGAUUCUGUGUGUGUAGUCGAGCACGACAAUCUUGGAUGUGGUGUGCGCGCCAAGAAGGAGAUCAAAGCCGGAUGGUGUGUGGGGCUUUACGCCGGGGAGCUUAUGAUGGGGUUGGAACUGUUUGCUCUGGCUGGAUGUGUGGAGAUUGCUGAGAAAGGUGUCCUCGGUGUCAGCGCGUAUCAGGCACUUGCGUCCCGCGAUUUCGCGCAAGACGACGACGCGGCCAGCGCAAUGAGCGUCGAUGAGGGGCCUACUGGAGCCGGACUUUGCCGUAUAGAUCGUAUUCUUGCGGGAAGAGUUGAAACCUCUGGUUCGAGGAGCCUUCUCAUUCAAUGGGAGGGGCAUAUCGCUCCCAGUUGGACGGAAGACACGGGCGCCAUCGAACACUCGCUCAGCUUCGCAAACCUCUCCUGCGACUUGCCUGACGACGGACCGGAGUUUCAGAAGGCCAUUGGGCCCGAGGCAUACACCAUGUGCGGUGGUGUGUUUCACCCUCUAGAGUGCUGCAACGACGAGGAGUGCUUGGGCAUCAUCGCGAACGAGAAUACGUUGGACUACCGGGUCUUUGUUGAUGCUUUCAAGCGCGGUAACUUCACUCGUUACAUCAAUCAUUCUUGCGAUCCCGUUCUGAAGUCGUUCUACGCGCGCAUCGGGUGUGAUCCUCUAAAUCCGCCUGUACCAUUGUUCUUGGCUCUCAGGACCAUUCGGAAAGGCGAGUAUUUAACUUUCUCUUACUGGGAUAUGUGUGGGCUCUCGAAGGAACAGAGACUGGCGCUACGCAAGAACCGCCCCGAGAAGAAAGAUACGUACAACAAUUGCUGCUGUGGAUCCGCUAUGUGCACGGGAUAUAUUUCGUUGCCGCCACGCCAGGCACUGGCCGCCGCCGGCGUCCCCGAUGAGCACAUUCGCAUUCUCUGGAACGAUCGGCCUAGAGACGCAGCAAUUGCUGUAUGA